GAUUAGUUGGUAUAUGUUUGUACAAUUAGUAAGUUUAAUAUAAUUUAAUUAUCAUCAAGUUAACCAAAAGGUUAAUACAAAAAUUGAAUUAAAUUCAGCAAAAUAAAAAAUUUGAUUAAUUGUCAAUACAUCAAAUUUAUGUUCAAGUGAUAAAUAUUUCAACAAUUAGCUAAAUUGUUACCCAAUCCACCUCUAAUUUAUUUUUUUGUGUAUUAAUUUGUCCUCCCACUUUUAUACUCCUCCAAUUAAACAAACAAUUAGUUGAUCAGUUAAUUAACUGGUUUGAUUGAACUUCAUCGACCUCAGAGUAACAACAACAAUUAACAACAAUUCCAAGUUUUCAAGAUCAUAAUGAUUAAACGAGCAAUUUAAUCAAAAGAGGGGAACCAGUGAUUCCAGUGUUGAAUUUGACAUUUGGCUGAUAAUUAGUGUCGAUUGAGCUGAUUGGUGGCGACCAUUUCGUUAACGAUUAACAAUGUCCCUUCUUGGUGCUCGUCUAUUAGCACUUGUUGGACUCUUCGGACUAACGAUGAUCGCAGGCCUUGGACCUGUGAUUGUUUUUAUAUUGUGGCGACGAAGGCAAGAGCGUCUUUCCACCCUUAACGAUCUUGAUGAGCCUUUGGGAGUGGAUAUUGGUAGUGGUGGUGGUGGGGAACAGAGGCCAAUCCAUGGUGGUAAAAGUGCCAAAGUUUUACAUUUACUAUUAGUGUUUGGCGGGGGUGUCUUAUUAGCGACUUGUUUUGUCCAUAUGAUUCCCGAAAUUCAAGAAAAUUAUCAAAACUAUUUGAAUAAUCAACAAAAUCACAACGAAAACAACACAAUAAAAUCAACCGCACCAAUCAUGAUAUUAACCAAUGAUAGUGAUAAUCAUGAUCGUAACCAACGUAACACUUUUAAUCAAUCACGUGUUAGAGUUAAUUAUUACACUAAUGAUGAGUAUUCAAGUGAUGAUAGUGACCAAGAAGGAGGCGAUGGUCAGUCUGAUAAAACUCCUUGGGUUGAAAUUUCUAUUUGUUGUGGACUUUUUUUAACUUAUUUCAUUGAAGAAAUUAUUUUAUUGCUGAUCGGUCAAUCAGCUCAUCACCAUCAUCAUGGUGACCAUCAUGAAAUUGUGCGAUGUUUACCUGAGGGAGAAGCCGAAGGUGACUAUGGAACCUUGAUUCGUCCCGUUAAUGGUUCUAAAAAAACGACCGAUGGUUCGAUGACCAGUUCACCAUUUGAACAAUCUCGAAGUCGAUUGUCCAGUAAUGAUACAUUUACUAAAAGUAUCUACGACAAUGGGUCGAUUGUUGGCCUGAGAGGAAAAGAUUUGCCGACAUCUCCUUUAACUGUGGAAAAUGUUCAUAAUCAUCAACAGAAUUUGGAUAAACUUGAUAGUCAAUGGACGAGAUUUGCUCGAGGUUUGAUUAUUGUUGUCGCUUUUCUGGCUCAUUCUAUUUUCGAUGGAGUCGCAAUCGGCCUACAAUCGACGGUCAGUUCCCUUUGGACAAUGUUCUUUGCCAUUUGUCUACAUAAAUUGGUCGUUGUUUUCGCUAUCGGCUUUGAACUUUACGAGAAAACUUGUAGCCUUUCACUGACCGCCGUUCAUAUAACCCUUUUCUCGGCCAUGUCCCCGCUCGGUAUAAUACUGGCCAUUCUAACGGAACAAGGUCUCUCCGAAGACGGAUCGUUGACUUUAAUCCUUUUAAACGCCGCUGCCACCGGGGCCAUUUUGUACAUUGUCUUCCUUGAGAUCUUACAAGCUGACCGAUGUCCAGAAAUCAGCGGACUUGCCCAGUUAUUUUCCCUGGUAAUUGGAUUCACUUUAAUGACCACAGUGACCCUCAAGGUCAGUGACGGAGACUAAUUCAGUUUAAAUUAUAACAAAAACAAACCAAGUAACAAUUAAAUCUGCCAAAAGGAAAUCAACAAACAAAUAGAUUGACAUCAAAUGAUUGUUACAAACUGAACAUAUUCCUUAAUUGUUACAAUAAAAGAGUUUUUUUAUCAAUCAGUUAAUUGUUAACCUUUCAAGUGAAAGGUCAAUCAACAAAGGUGCAAAUAAAUUUCUGUUAAUUUUUACCUUGA